UUGUUCCUCACAUGACGCUAUCUUAUGACAUCUAAACACUUUUAUUAUAGCGCAGGACUCAUUUUAACGUUUGCAUGACAUCAUCAACUACGUUUACAAGCUUGAGUGUGAUUGAAUUGUGCGGUAGCUCGACUGAUUGAGCGUUGCACUUGUGAAGGAGCGGGUACGAGUCCUGAAGAGAACAUCUAUGCGGUUCGUCUGAUCAGAGGCCGUUGCUCUCUCAGCGUUCUCUGCCCGUCACGCCCGUCACUCACAAACAUCUGCCGAUAGACCUGCGCACGUCGAUGGACGGGAAAUACAAGGAGAUCGCCGAGGAGUUGUUGGCGAGGAGUCUGACCGACAGUGACAUGCGUUGUGCUCCGUACGAAUUUCCCGAAGAGAGUCCCAUUGAACAACUCGAGGAGAAACGACACCGUCUGGAACGCCAGAUCAGCCAGGAUGUGAAGCUUGAGCCCGAGAUUCUGCUGCGAGCAAAACAAGACUUCAUGAAAAUAGACAGCGCUCCCGACCUCGAGUGUCUGAAGGACAGUCGUGAGGAUGCUGUCGAUCAUAUAGAGAGAGAGACAGGGGUGGAGAGAGGCUUCCAGCGUGUGUCUAUCUCAGGAGAGGAGAAGUGUGGGGUUCCCUUCACUGAUCUGGUGGACGCUGCGAAGUGUGUAGUGAAAGCUUUGUUCAUCAGAGAGAAAUACAUCGCUUUCUCACUGCAGACGUUCUGUAAGACCACCGCACGCUCUCUACAGGAGCUCGACCACAUACCGCUGGACCUCAACAUCUAUGAAGACCUUCACGAGAGUCCCGUCGACUCAGGUGUGUCAGAUAAACACACACCUGUACCAAACAGAAGAGAACCCCGUACUUAUAUGUCUCUCUCACUGUCAGAGGGGGGCGUUCACCCCCCGGUGUCUAAAACCCACCCUUAUGAGCUUCAGAAUCUCAAGAACCUGCCGUGUGACACGGGAUACAGCUGCAAGAUGGUGGAUGGAGUUUUUCACGUCUACACCAAAGAAAAGCCCAUGGACAAUAGCACAGAACUGGACCUGCCGUAUCCAGACCUACAGGAAUACAUCGCUGAUAUGAACGUCAUGAUGGCGCUCAUCAUCAACGGUCCCGUGAAGUCGUUCUGUUACCGUCGGCUGCAGUAUUUGAGCUCAAAGUUUCAGAUGCAUGUUCUUCUAAAUGAAAUGAAGGAACUCGCAGAGCAGAAGAAAGUACCGCACAGAGACUUCUACAACAUACGCAAGGUGGACACUCACAUUCACGCGUCGUCCUGCAUGAAUCAGAAGCAUCUGUUGCGGUUCCUCAAGCGUGCGAUGAAGAAAUUCCCCGAUGAGAUCGUUCACAUGGAGGGUGUGCGGGGUCAGACGCUGAUGGAGGUGUUCGAGAGCAUGAAUCUGACGGCGUACGACCUCAGCGUCGACACGCUCGACAUGCACGCGGACAGGAACACGUUCCACCGCUUUGACAAAUUCAACUCCAAAUACAACCCCAUUGGAGAAUCUAUACUGAGAGAGAUCUUCAUCAAGACGGACAAUCACAUCAACGGCAAAUACUUCGGUCAUAUCAUCAAGGAAGUGAUGUCAGACCUGGAGGAGAGUAAAUACCAGAACGCAGAGUUGCGUCUGUCCGUGUACGGCCGGUCAAUGGACGAGUGGGACAAACUCGCGGAGUGGGCCGUCUGUCACUCCGUUUAUUCUGAUAAUGUGCGCUGGCUCGUCCAGAUACCGCGACUGUUUGAUGUUUACCGCACAAAGAAUCAGCUGACCAACUUCCAGCAGAUGUUGGAGAACAUCUUCCUCCCUCUGUUUGAGGUGACCAUCAACCCCAGCAGCCACCCGCAGCUACACCUGUUCCUGCAACACGUGUUGGGUUUCGACAGUGUGGAUGACGAGUCGAAACCGGAGCAACACAUCUUUAAUCUGGACAGUCCGUCACCUGCGCGCUGGUGUGACGAAGAUAAUCCGCCGUACUCGUACUAUCUGUACUACAUGUACGCUAACAUGACCGUACUCAACCAUCUGCGCAGGAGGCGGGGCUUCAACACCUUUGUGCUGCGACCUCACUGUGGGGAGGCGGGGCCUAUUCAUCACCUGGUGUCUGGAUUCAUGCUGUCGGAAAACAUCUCGCACGGACUGCUGCUCCGGAAGGCUCCGGUCCUGCAGUAUCUGUACUAUCUGGCACAGGUGGGCAUCGCCAUGUCUCCUCUCAGUAAUAACAGUCUGUUCUUGAGUUAUCACCGGAACCCGUUACCGGAGUAUCUGUCGCGCGGCCUGAUGGUGUCGCUGUCCACCGAUGACCCGCUACAGUUCCACUUCACUAAGGAGCCUCUGAUGGAGGAGUACAGUAUCGCUGCUCAGGUCUGGAAACUGAGUUCAUGUGACAUGUGUGAACUGGCCAGAAACAGUGUGUUGAUGAGCGGAUUCUCACACAGGACCAAGAGUUAUUGGUUGGGUCCAGACUACAAUAACGAGGGGCCCAUCAGCAACGACAUCCGCCGCACAAACGUUCCCGACAUCCGUGUGGCAUACCGCCAUGAGACUCUGUGCGAGGAACUUCACCUGAUCACGCAAGCCGUCAGGACGCAAGAACUGGACCUCAUCGAGGAGGAAGACAUGCUGUCAUUCGAGCCUAGCCAAUCAGCAUGCUAGAUAAUCCCG